CCGGCGGGAGUAUAAAGUGGUCGCGUGCACCAAAGCUCGGUCACUCUGUUGCGGAGACAUCGAAGAGACGACGCUACCCGGGUCUCCAUCGAGUUGUCUUGGAUCGCAUUCAAGUGUCACGCUCCCUUCACCCCCAUCGGGAUCGAAGCACCGGACGACCAUCGAGUUUGCACGAGAUUCUACAAGGAUGUCGUCGGUACGAAAUAUAGCUGCACUGGCGUUGGUGCUUCUCGUUUUGGCAGAAUGGUCAGCGGCGAUGCCAACAACCGACAAAGACAAAGAGAGGUUGUUGAACACCGUGGAUUUGAUAGACGACGACGGCAGCAUCGAGACAGCCCUGAUAAAUUACCUGUUCACCAAGCAGAUCGUGAAGCGCCUUCGCAGUCAGCUGGACAUUGGCGAUUUACAGCGUAAACGCAGCUACUGGAAGCAGUGCGCCUUCAACGCCGUGUCCUGCUUCGGUAAAUAAGCAGGGCGAAGGGAAAAGGACGAAGGGCGAGAGACGCGCGCAAGGGAAGCUCGUACAUAUAUAUUAUGUAUAUUUACCAUCGGAAAGUUUAGAAACGCGAUAGACACGCGAAGGAGACUUCAGAGAAUCUCUUAAAUUUCCAUAAACAAAAAAAUGUAAUUAACGAGUUAUUUUAAAAUAUCAAACGGAGAUGUGUAAUUUACAAGUGGCUACGUAUGGUCAUUUACUCCGAUUAUCAAAAGGACAUUAUAAUUUAGCAUUAUUAAAAUACGCGAAACUUUAAAUACGUAUUUUCUUUGAUGCAUUUAACGAAGCAAUUUGAUGUAAAACGAUAGAUGAUAACAUAUUAUUUGAUGAUUCAUUCAAGGAAAAAUUUUACGGCGAGGAAAUAAUUUCCAGAUUACAAGGCGUCAACUUUCUUUUCGUGAAGGAUUUAUUAAUUAAUUUCAAGUAUGAUAAUAACUAAAAUGUGCGCGCACAAACAAUUCUCUUUCACCUCUUCACACGUCUUUCUUCGUUCUAAUUCGAAGCAACAGACUGCAUUAUUAUUAAUCCGUGAGGGAAUAAACCGCACGAGCGGAAAACGGGAAUUAUCGUCGGGGGCGCAAGUCAAAGUCGGUUGCCCCCGAAACGAGCGAUUAUUCGAUAUCUCCUCGCGUGUUUGUCCCGGCGUGUUCCUCAACUUUCCGACUCGACAGUGUGUACGAGGAAAAGACAAAGAAAAGAGAAGGAUUCUUCCUCAUUUCCUCAAGUUAUCCGACUUAGAGCUUUCAAGAACAAACUAGCUGCGAAAGUCACUCCCGUCGGCUGUUUUCGAAACCCUUUGCAUCGACUCCCUCCCUUCAAGAGAAAGGAUAAAAGCUAAAUAUAAAGGAUAAUAAAUAGGAAAGAGAAAAAAUGAGAGAGAGAAAGAAAAAGAAAGAGAGAGAGAGAGAGAGAGAGAGAGAGAGAGAGAGGAUCAAAAUUAAAAUCGUGGAAAAAGGGGUAAAAAGGUGAUGUAAAAUUAAUUGUGACAUCGAUUAAUUUUACAUCAUCGAUCGCGUAGAAAAUAAUUUAGUUUCUGUAAAUGAUAAUGAUACGACAGAGAGCGGACGCGCGAAUGCAAAGGGUAACGAUAUAAUCGAAUACAUAUCAGAGGAUACCGCAGAGGACACGUGCCAAGUUUAAUUCUUCUUUCGUGCUGUUGUAAACUGUCUCCUAUCUCUGUAUCAUGAAAACCUACCAACCUCUAGCGCGCUAUUCGACACGUAUAUAUGUUUAAUUGACGCGUAAUUUCAUUUGCCUGCGUCGUCGAUGUGUCCCGCCCUGUAUAUGUCACAGCGUUCUGUGAAUGAUUAAACUUGUUGUGUAAUUGCCCCUCAA